UACCCUGUAAAGUGUACUAGGCUUCUGUGUGUGUUUGAGGGCUUUGUGUGUUUUAAUAAGCUCAUGUGGGAUUUAACUUUUUUGUUGGCACUCAAAACGUCAAAGGCAGUCGCAAAUGUGCAGAAUGUGAAGAUCACAUAUCAACAUCGUUCCUCAAGAAAGGGGUCGCAGGUUUGAUUCCCGGCUGCGAUGGUAAGAUUUCAAUGGGGGCAGAAAGCAAAAAUACUCGUGUGCUUAGGUAUUUAGGGACAUGUUAAAGAACCCCAGGUGGCCAAAAUUUAAUGUGCAGCCAAAUCUAAGUUCAUGCCCGUUUUUGCAAUUCGCCCACUUCGAAUGCAGCCACCACGGUCAGGAACUGAAUGCAUGACUUCAUGCUGAGAAGCAGAGCAUUGUAGCCACUUAAAAAUUGAAAGUCAACUGUUGAACGCAUCUGCCACGCCCAUAGCAGACACCAUUGAGUAACAUGAUUGUUUAUGCCUCGCUGUUGGGUGAGCAAUAAAUUGAGCAAGAUCGUGGCUUGAUAAGGAUCUGCCAAGGUGCAGUGGACAUUUGUGAAGAGAUUAAGGAAUUAAAAAAAAAAAGAAUUUAGUAAGAGUGUCAGAAUAUGUAUAUUAAUACUAUUGAGUAUUACAAAGAAAAUGCUGAUCAAUAUAUGUCAAUGUGUUAUAAGGCAUGUAUGCUUGAGUGAUGUAUGUUCUGAAGGAAAAACUGAGUAUCGGUUUGGAUAGCCCCUAUUCACAUUUUGAGAUAAUUUUGGGAUGUUUAUUUAGCCAUGUUUGAGUAAUCUGCAUUGACAAGUAAGUGAUUGGAAAGUGAGCUUGAAACAAAGGUCGUUAAUAUGAUGUUCUAGCUCAUGCCCAAGACGUCCCACUCGGAUACAGUGCAAUCAAUCUUCAGAAUGAUUGAUGCCUUGAGCUAGAUGGUACAUGACAACUCAAACAGCGGUGAAACGGGAUGACAAUAAGAACAACAGGACGACAUGCUGACAAGACAGCAUCACAGUCGCUGUCGACCUACUUCAUGGCUGUUAUUAAGGCGAAAGUCUUAAGUAGCUCGUUGCAAUGGCUCAUACCUAAAAAAUGCGGCGUCUAGUUGAGUGGUACAAAAAUUAUCAUCAGAUAUGGCUCAUACCCCCGUAAGCAUUGCGUACAUCCCUCGGAAGUACGCUAUGGCCGAGGAUGCUCGCCAAACAAGAAACGAGGUGCAACGUGCGAAGUGGCGGGAGCAAGACGUUUGACUGCAAGUGCUGCUUUUCCCUGCUGAGAGGAUGCAACGUAAAGUUGAAGAGACAUCGUUGGCGAUGGAUGAUGACACAUUAAUGGGCAAGAUGAACCCAUUCGGGAGCUCUCGCUUUUGGAUUCCUACCCAACUCCGGUCGCUGCGGGACUAUGAACAGCACAUCAUAUCGCUCCGGCAUGAGAAUCUACGGCUACGGCUGCGAUUGUACUUCAUAGUGAGGCAGGAUCACCAUGAACCCAUAGAAAAUAAUCCUGGUGCUACUCCAGAGCUUGCAGAAUUGCAUGAAAUUGUUGACAAGGAAAUGAAAAAAAUUUCGGAAGCUCUCAAAGAACGGGAUGCCCUCUUGGACAUAUACCGGAAGAAGAUUGAUGAACUAGAGCAACUCCUAGAGUGUGCAUAUCAAGAUAAGUACAAGAUUGAGAAAGAACUGCAUAAAUGGAAAAGGGUGACAAAUAGUCAUGGUGCCCACGGGGAUGGUGUUCAGGAUGACAAACACAACAAUGAGUUUGAAGGUGAAGUAAAGGGCCGGGGUCUUGUUGAGCUUGAGGAUAAGGACAUUCUCAGCCAGAAGGCAGAGGCAAAAAAUAAAACCAAGACCCAGCAGCUGGUUUCUGUGCAUGCUGUGAAGCUGGAGAAAAUGGGAGAGUCCCCGAACAGCCAGGAUGUAAUGUGGUCUUCUGUUCAACCAAGAGUUGAGGCCUUCCUGCAGCUGAUUGACGACUCUCUCGCAGCAGGUCACAUUGAGCGGGCUCGUCAAGCGAAGGAGGACUUUAAGAGGCAGCUAAGCACGAUUGCUGACAGUUGCUGCUCAUCCCUCUCACUGUUGCAAAGUCCACAAGAAUUUGAGGCUCAAAGUUCCACUACCAUGCAGAGCAGUAGUCAGAUGAGCAGGUUUGAGGCCAAACCUUCCAAUGAAGACACAAUGGAGAUUGCCAAGAGUCGUUACUCAUCAUGGUCAGCUGCCACAGAAUUUAUUGUACCAGAUUCUGUUACUAUAGGCCGAGGUGAAAUGUCCAGUCUUGAAGCUGACUACGGAAAUGAAAGGCUGAUUGACAGUUUGAACAACGAAAUAACGCAUCUGAAAUCACGUCUUCAUGCAAGUCAGACUCGACGGCGACAAAUUGAAAUGGAGAUUAGGUCGGCUUCCCAAUUGCACGAUACUGUGUGUAAGCAGAAAGACAAGCUUCUGGAGUCUGCUAAUAUGGAGAUCCAUGAAUUGAAGAGACAAGCUGAGGAGGCAGUCGUGCUGAAAAGUCGUCAGGCUGAACUUGAAUCUGAAUGCAAUUGUCUACAUGCUGCUAUUCGUGAGAAAGCAAGUUUUAUCGAGGAGCUACUUUCAGAGAGGAACAAGGCCGUAGAGGAAACUGAAAAGACACUGCAAGACUUCCUUAUGUCCUUUAAGCAGAAGGAUGAGUUCCUGAAGCAGAAGGAUGAGUCUAUAAAGGAAUUGGAGGCUAAGCUAAAUCGUUUUGAGAAAGAAGCUGCGGCCCGUGAGAAAUUGAUUGUUCAACAGCAGAACUUGACUGGCUUUUCAUAUGAGCCUCAUGUAAGCCUACCUGCUUCUAAUUCUGUGGAAUCCACACCAGAGCAUGGUGGGAGAGCACUCUUUUUUGCGUCACCAACGUCACCUGAUGGAUCAGAUACAGCCACGGUUAUGUAUCUCUCUCAGUGCACAUCAGAAGUGAAGGAUUUGUGUCAGGCUGUUUGUGAGUUGGCGCAGGAGUCUGAAGUUCUGCCUGAACUAUCCACAUUCGACUUUCCUAAGAAUGGUACUGUUCCAGAGCUCAUUGAAAUUUUGAGCAGUGCAAGAGAGAGGGGUUUGCAGUUCUGCAUGCCCAGUCAGAGUGGCAUUGUGAAUGAUGAACAUUUGGAAAGCACCAGGCAUGUGCACAGUGGGUCAGAUGCCUCACAGGUAGCCAUGCCCAUAGAGCUUGGAGAAAAGCUGCAGCAGCUGUCACUCCUGCUUGGGGUUGAGUACUCUGUUUUACCAGUCUGUCUGAGGGAUGUAGUCGGUGUCGUUGAUGCUCUCAUUGGGAAAGCAAAGCGAGAGUCAGUCCACAACUCAAAGGAUCCAGCAGCCUUUCCUGGUGAUCCAAGGCCACCGAAGGGUCCAGGUCAGCCAGCCGACAGUACCCCCUAUAACAUGUCAUCCACACAUCUUUCAUAUGAAUGUGGCAAUUCAGAAGCUGCAGAUUAUCAGAAGGAACUGCUUGGGGAACUUGACUCUGCAUUGGAAUGUGUUGGACAGCUGCACAAUGAAGUUGAGGCUUUGUCUCUAACACCUUCCUCAAGCAUGCUUAAGAAAAUGGCUGGAAGCACAGAUGAGUUGGUGUUUGCUGUUGAUUCCACAGGACAGUUGGUUCCAGUGCCCCUCGAGUCUGUCAAGCAAAAUGAGCACUUUGCUAAGGAAAUGGCUGUGCAGACUGAAGAAGCAAAUGAUAUGGAGUCUUUGAGGAAUGAGCUCACAAAUGCAAAAGCACAGGUCAAGUUUUUACAAAGGUCCCUGAAGGACUCAUUCUCAGUGAAGAUAACAGAGUCCCCCACUGGUCCAAAUGCACAGCCAUUGAUUGAAAUAGACCAAAACUUGCCCCAUCAUGGCUCACUAGCCAGUCAGAGUCCCCGCAAGUCUGCAUUGUCAGCCAAUCGGCGUUGGCGAAAGCAGCUCACAAAUCAGAAGAUGUCAGAGUUUGGUCUGUCGGAAAAUGUGUUUGAACUCCAGGAGGAGAUAUUUUUUCUUGUGCUGAGGAUUGAAGACUUGGAGAGGCAACUGAAGGAAUGUUCUGAGAUGAUGGUCUCCAAGCGUAAGGAUGAACCUGCAUAUGAGCAGGCAGUCUUGACAGAUGCUCAUCUGCUGGAAAAAAAUGCUGCCCUGGAGCAGCAGUUACAAGACAUGCAGGAGAUGUCAGUAGUGCUUCUGUGCCGGUUGGAAGAGCUGGCAAAAUUCCUAGGGCAGCUGCUGGCCUACGACGAGACUGGAUCAUUGGGGUCCGUGACUCUUUCGCCAGGCAUGGUGGCCAAGAUACGCCAGUUCGUCGCAGACAGCAAGGAGAUCUCCAACUCCUUCCACUCCAUUUCACAAAGCUUUCUUGGUUCUGACACAAGCAGUGUUCUGAGUGAUCAGCUGUCAAAGAGAGGUUCACUGGACAAAACUAUGCAGUCCUUCUUAUCUCUUUCAAGAAAAAGUAAAGACGUGGCUGCUUUCGUGAAUAAGCCACCGACACCAAUGGGCAAACUGGAUCUCAAGAUGAUCCCACCUUCUCCUGAAGAUUUUGCCUUCAUGGAAGAUGAGCUGAAAAUAUUGCGAGACCGAGUGGAGCAGCAGCAGAGUGAGAUCUCGACCCUUACUAGGCGUCUGGAGGAAGAGUGUCCCGAGAGGGCAUCGUCAGCAACUGGAGGUAGGUGCCCUUCACGUCGCCAUCCUGGCACACCAGCAUCUCUCUGUGAAGGGGAGGACACAGAUGCAUCCUGGCGUUAUCAGGACCAGGUAGUUCUGGUGCAAGCCAGUGACAGUGAUGACAUCCUACUCCUGCUGAAUGAGAGGGGCCUUCCCGAGAAUGUCUACCUGCGGAGCACUUGGCAAAAGCAAGCCCUGAAUAACACAGACUGCUCCAACCUCCCAGCAGUGGCUUCAGCUGUAGCUGCAGAAGAGGCUGAUGCAGAUGCAGACUACUCCUCUUCUUCAUCUCCUUCCUUGCUGCGAUGGAAAGACUCCCACAAUUCGGCUUUGGAAAACAAUGCACCACAAGAGCCCCUAGUGCCCAUUGGCCGUUUCCAGUGCUGGUCUUCAGAUUCAGACAUAUGGUCAGAGCCAGAUCGUAGUGUCUCUGAGCAGCGAAUGGGUGGUGUCUGCCACAAAGAGUGGAGCAAGCAGCCACGUAGGUCACCCAAGGAGGCAAGAAAGGCUGUUGUUGGUGGACGGCAGGAGCCAGGCUCAGACACAGGUGUCAAGAAAGCCAAGGACACUUUGCCUGAUGUGUCCCGAGGGAAACGGCUCAGCUGCCCAACAGCAGAUGGAGGGCGUAGCAAGCGAGCCACACCAACCAGCUACAUAAAAACUCGGGAGUUUGAAAAGCUCCUGCGAAGAAUUCAACAAUGCAGCUCCAGACUUGAAGACACCUUGGCUGUGCAUAAGGAAUCAUGCCAGAAACUGUUGGGGACUGCCUUGGGAGAAAGCCCAAAGGAUGCCACUGAGUCACAGCAACUGAAGCCAACAGAUUUGGCAGAAUCUCAUGCCAACUCAAUGCGCAAACUACAGUUUCGUCUGGAGGAAAUGUUCAUAAAUAACCAAGUUCUGCAGGAACUUCUCACUGAACAUCUUGCAUCUGAAAAAGCGGUUGCUGCAGAAGCCAGCACUCCUUCAGGAGUUGGAGCAGAUGCUAGAGUGAGUGCUACUGAGCAACUGAACCAGUGCAAGAAGGAGCUCGAGUGCAAGGAGAGGAGGGAGGAGAUCCUGAAGAGAGCCAUAGUUCGUGAGCAAAACUCAAAAUUGCAUUUGGAAAAAGAGCUGGCAGACUGUCAAAAGGAACUACAGUCUCUUCAUGAAGUACACCUGAUUCUCGAAGGAGACUACAAGGCCCUUGUUGAGAGGAGGGCUGAUUCUACUACAAGGGAACUCCAGCACCAUUUGUCUCUUGAGAGGCUUGACGGCCCCACCAGAUUGGAGCAAACUAAGAGUUCAAGCAUUGCGAAGUCCAACUCUGAACAAAGGAUGGUGUGUGAUGGUAAUUGCAUUUUGGUAGCACAGGUUCAGCAGCAAGCUCAAGAGAUUGCAAGACUGGGCAAAGAAGAAGCACUGCUUAGGGAGAAGGUCGUGAACCUCUUGGAGGAGAAAGCAAUGCUUUUACAAAAGCUGGAAACAGCACAACAUGAACACGAAGUACUCGCUGACUCCACAAGCAACAAGAUUUCCGAGUUAGUGACUAAGCUGGCUCCACUAUCCACACAGAACAAGAACCAACAAGAUGAGAUCAGGGGUCUGAGGGAGAGAUGUGACAACUUAUCUCAAGAAAAGGCAAGCCUGCAAUUUGAUAUUGAUACAGCCUUUUCAAAGCUGGAAGGGCUGCGAGUAGAAAACCAGGAUCUAAGAGAUUCUCUGCUGGCACUGCGAAAGCAAGAGAGUCAGCUGCAAGAAAAGCUAGAGAAAGCCAUGAGUGAACUGCAGGCUACGAAAAAAAUUUCGGAGGAGUACAGCCAAAGCGACAAGCUUUUGAGGAUGGAAAAGGACCAGUUAGCUGCCAAAAUAGCUGAUUUAUCAUCCCAUGUGGAUGGCCUGCAAUGUGAAAAGCAGUCACUUUAUGAGGAGAAACAGAGGCUGAUCCUUGAAGUCAGUGCAGGGGAAGAUGAGGUUGAGCGGAUCACAAGUAAACUUCAAAAUUGUGAAAAGGAGUGCAAUAACUUCAGGACACAAAAGAUUGAGCUGGAGGCAGUCUUGCAAGCUUCCAAUGAGAAGCUUGAAGAAUCUGAGCACUUGAGUGAGCAACUUCGAAAAGAACUCAGUGCUACAAAGGUACAACUAGAGAAAAUGAACUCGCGUUGUGACCAUCUUGAACAAGAACUUGGUGCUUCCAAGGAGGCACACAGACAGCUAGUGUGGAAAAAUGAUGAGCUGCAAAGGACACUGGAGGCAGUUGGGAGAGAGGCUCAACAAAGCAAGAGCUUUGCAAGAAUGAAGGCUGACAAGAAGCAUAUGAUGGCGAUCGUCGAACUUGAAGAUCGUAAAAAAAGUUUGCAGAGUGCAGUGACUGAGCUCGAGCUCAAGUUAGAAAAGGCAGUGCAUGAAAACAAAUGCCUGAGGUUUCAGCUCAAAGCAAGAGAACAAUUCCAAGUUGGAAACACCACAGGUGCAGGAAACUCGAGCAUGUCAGAUGCAUCACUGCGGUUCAUCAAUGCUGUUAGCAGCAGCUCGCCUCCUCGAUUGAGCCCCCACCAGGCCACUCCAGAUUCUUCCUUGAGGCAGCCUGUGACCCCUCUGGGCGCCAGUCGUCAUUCCACUUCCCACUCCAGGUCGCAGCAUACCUCUCCUGACUUGGGUAUUGAUUCAGAUCCAACGCCAGAGCAUGAGUUCUACUCAACACAUGCUGACUCAAUGAUAGCAUUCAACGAGCACUGGCAGCACCGCAUGAGGGCUGAUUGGAGUCUUUCAACUGUACACUCGGCCCCUGACGGCAUUGGAGGUAACUGCCAGCUCUGCCAGCAAGGAAAGGACAAUGCUUCUUCAUGGAAGCUGAAGGCCAAUGCAACAUGCCCGGCUGGAGAUCUGCUGGACCGGUCCGACUCCCAGUCUCCUUCAAAGAGUGGACUUCCUGCAAUGUCCUGCAGCGUUUCAUCACCUGGUAUUCGGAUGUGUGCCAUUGUCCAGUUAUUGGAUCAUGAACAGCUUAAGAAGCGUGUGGAUGAGAGCAUCUGCUUGAUUCGCCGAGUAGAAGGCAUUGUUGAAAAAGCACUGGACGCUCUUGCUGACUUUGCUUCUGACUGUACAGAGCCUCCAGAAUGCAAGAGCCUCCUUGAGGAUGCUGAAAAGGGGUGCCAGACCAUCAAAGGUUGCCUCAUUGAUAGCUUCAGAUUGAUUUGCAGCUUCACCAUUGCCCCAGUGCCAGACCAAAGGGAUGAGUCUGCAUUUGAGCUGCGAUUGGAACUGAGCAAACUCCAGGACAAAUACACCAAGCAGACUGCUGAACUUCAGAGUGCGCAUGAAGAGAUCGCAGCGUUCAAGGAGAAAAAAGAAGGAAUGGAGAAAGCCAUUUCUCGCCAAUUGAACAAGACAAAGAUGGUGCUUAAGCAAACAAGGGGCAACUUGACGAGUAUGCGCAGCCGGGACUCCAAACCUGAAAGGGACCCGAAGGCUGAAAGGAACUCCAAGGCUGAAAAAAAAUGAUUUUCUGUCACACUAGUAAAAGAUAACGGAGUGGUGACAACUACAAUUUCUUUAUUUUAGUUAGGUGUACUUAGACCAUAUGCAAGUUUUUUUUCUUAUUCGCAGUUUUUCUCAUACACAAGUUUUUUUUCUUUUUCUUAAAGAAGAGGAAAGAUAGCACAAAGCCACAUCAUUUCUAGCCAUAUCGUUUUUAAGAACAAUUUGGUGGUCUAGUGCAUUUAGUGCUAAAAGCCUACUUAUUGCAGUGAGCUUCAUUGGAGCUAUGUUUGUAUUCUGUGAAGCAUUCUGUCUUAAUUUUUAUCUUGUAAUUGUGGAAUUUGCUUCGUACAUUAGGAAACAUUUAGCUCUCAUAGUGUUCCCAUGUAUUAAUGCACAUGACUGCAUAUUAAGCAACCAUACAUGCAAUCUUACGUAGGCAGUUAUAAUUUUCACAUUAAUUCUGUGGGACCUGCAACAUUUGUAACUAACUGCAGUGACAAGAUAGUCUCAUUGUACAUAACAGAUGUAUUCACAAAAGAAAUAUACGCCAAACAUUGAAGAAGUA